AUUAGAACACUUCUUAAAAAAAAACUCCUUUGGUAAAAUGAACUUCCAACUGGAUGAAUUUCCUUUUAUCAUGAUUUUUGGUCUCAUAAAAUCGGCGGUAUUUGUUUUGAAGUCCGCCUUGUUUGAUCCAUGAUUACAAAAGAAGAGGGUUCGUCCAUAAAACUCUCUUUAAAAACGAGACAGUCCAGCGAAACCAGCCUUUAUCGACAGAUGGAGAAAUUCGAAGCAGCAAAAGAAGAUACUAUUACUCCUGCUCUCUGAGAAAAACCAUCUCUCUGUCUCCACUCAACUCCUUUCCUCAAUAGAGAAACAGAGAGAGACCCAGUCCCAAGCAUGUCCUCCAUGUCUGAGUCAGAGCUAGUUCGUGUGGUUCUCUUCCUUCUCCCUUCCCUCCUCACUCUGCUCCUCAUCCUCAUCGUCAAAACCAAAUCCCACCGCAGAUUCAAUCUCCCUCCAGGCAGCUCUGGCUGGCCUUUCCUCGGCGAAACGAUUGGCUACUUGAGACCUUUCUCCGCCACUUCCCUCGGCUAUUUCAUGGACCAGCACGUCACCAGGUACGGGAAGAUAUACAAGUCGAAUUUGUUCGGGGAGCGGACGAUUGUGUCGGCGGACGCAGGACUGAACCGAUUCAUACUCCAGAACGAAGGGAAGCUGUUCGAAUGCAGCUACCCGAAGAGCAUCGGCGGGAUUCUGGGGAAAUGGUCGAUGCUGGUUUUGGUGGGAGAUAUGCACAAGAACAUGAGAAUCAUCUCGCUCAACUUCCUUAGCCACGCCAGGCUGCGAACCCAUCUCCUCAAAGAAGUCCACCACCACACUCUGCUUGUGCUCUCUUCCUGGAACCACAAUUCCACUUUCUCUGCCCAGGACGAAGCCAAGAAGUUCACUUUCAAUCUGAUGGCGAAGCAUAUCAUGAGCUUGGAUCCUGGUGAACCGGAAACGGAGCAGCUGAAGAAGGAGUAUGUCACCUUCAUGAAAGGGGUUGUCUCAGCUCCCCUGAAUUUUCCUGGAACUGCUUACCGGCGUGCCUUGCAGUCGCGGUCGGCGAUUCUGAAGUUCAUAGAGAGGAAAAUGGAGGAGAGGAUAAAGAGGAGCAACGAGGUGGGAACAGAGGACGGGGAAGACGACGAUCUCCUGGGCUGGGUUCUGAAGCAUUCCAAUCUCUCGACGGAGCAGAUUCUGGACCUGAUACUCAGCUUACUGUUUGCCGGGCACGAGACUUCAUCUGUCGCCAUUGCUUUAGCUAUUUACUUCUUGCAGGGCUCCCCUGCUGCGCUUCAGCAAUUACAGGAAGAGCACAGUGAAAUCGCCAGGGCCAAAAAACUAGCAGGGGAGACCGAACUCAACUGGGAAGAUUACAAGAAGAUGGAAUUCACCCAAUGUGUUAUCAGUGAGACGCUCAGACUUGGAAACGUGGUGAGGUUCCUACACAGAAAAGCUUUAAAAGACGUUCGCUACAAAGGGUAUGACAUUCCAUGUGGAUGGAAAGUGCUGCCGGUGAUAUCGGCUGCCCAUUUGGAUGGUAGUAUGUUUGAAGACCCUCAACACUUCAACCCGUGGAGGUGGCUCCAGAACAACAACGACGGCCGGGGAUCGCCAAGCGCGACGGCGGCGGCGAACAACAGCAACAACUACUUCAUGCCGUUCGGCGGCGGGCCGCGGCUGUGCGCAGGGUCGGAGUUCGCGAAGCUGGAAAUGGCGGUUUUCAUCCACCAUUUGGUCCUCAACUACCGGUGGGAAUUGGCUGACGAGGACCAACCUUUUGCAUUCCCUUACCUCGAUUUCCCCAAGGGAUUACCGAUUACCGUCAAGCGCCGGGACAUGGGCACCUAAGCUGAUCAGGUUGCUGGGCCCGAGGCCCAGAAGAAGGGAAUCCCUUUUGAGCAGCCCAGGCCUGAAAAUAUUGUGCAAAUUGUAGAGAUUUGGGUCCGUAGAGUGUAAGUCUUCUGUUCCAUGCCCAUAUAAUAUGUUACAUAGCAAUUCAAUGAGUUUGAAGAGAAGGUUGCAAUUAAUUAUGAAUGUAUAGGAGGUUAGGACCAUAUAUAUUAUAUAUAUGUAUCAGUUUCGCAUCUUUCCCACUUGCUUCCCUGUACUUCUGCUCCACAUUGUAAAUUUUACUAGCUAUUCAAGGCAGGAUGCUUGCUAUGAAAUUUUGUUUCUUUACUUUAAGAUUUUUCUUUUUUACUUUUACACGUAUAAGCGGUAUAGUUUCCGGUGCGUAACUUCUAAAUCAAGUCUUGGGUUUAGA